AUGUGUAAGCGUUGUUCUAAUGUUAGUUUUGUUUAUAGAGGCACCAAAUGGCUUGGUAUUCAGGGAGGCUCAUUUAUUACCCCUGAUUGUGGUAGUAUUAGCACUCCUGGACUAAGCAGUGGAGCUGCAUUCUUUAGUAAAAGCGGAACACGCUCUAUCACAACACAACCGCUGGAUCUCAGCAGUGCAUCCUUAAUAUCGUUUCGGACUCGAUUGGGUGGGACGAAUCCUAGCGGCUGCGACCAACCGGAGUCUGGAGAAGACGUGAUAUUUGAGUACAAGACUAGCACUACAACAUCCUACACACAGAUUUACAAACUGGCAUAUAACGGUUAUAAGACUGCAAGUCUCGUUGAACUCGCAUUGCCGUCCGGUUCACGUACCUCAGACGUUACGUUGCGUUGGAGGCAGGCGUCUCACACAGGAGCUACUUUCGACGAAUGGGCUAUUGAUGACAUCGAUAUUACAGGGAAAGGAGUCAACGCUCCAACAACCACUCAUUACAUCAUAAACGAGGAUUUCGGUCCUCCCACUUCAAUUCCAAAUGCAGUGUGGAGUUCUAUUAGUAGUGGUGGGAUUGCAACUCCUGAUUGUGGAACUAUAGACUUGUCUGGGUUUAGCACUCUUGCUGCCUUUUUCUCUGGCGCUGGCACAAGAUCUAUAGAAACAAAAGCUCUGAAUCUUAUUAGUGCCGGAGAUUUGUCGUUUCGUAUUCGAAUUGGCGGUGGAGGUGGCUGUGAUCCUGGAGAGAAUAAUGGUGAGGACGUAACGGUAGAAUACAAGACAUCAACUACAUCAUCAUAUGUGGAACUGAAGCGUCUUUCAUAUUCCGCUUAUGGAACUGCUCAGACGGUCACUAUUAAUCUACCCAUUGCUGCCAAAACGACUAGCACAACUUUGCGAUGGAGGCAACUUGGCCAUAGUGGCCUUACUCAAGACGAAUGGGCCAUUGAUCACGUGAAACUGACGAGUGUCACAGCUGUAGGGACAGAUACUAUGACAAACGUUGUGGUGUUCAGCGACACUUUUGAUAGUGUACCCACCAUCCCUGGCACAAAAUGGGUUGCAUUUAGUGGCGGUUCUUUUAAGAUUCCUGAUUGUGGCAGCAUUGAUUUAGCCGGUUUCAGCAGUAUGGCUGCGUAUUUUAGCGGCUCUGACAGCAACAGAUACAUUCAAACGCAACCUAUAGACAUGACGUAUGCAACAUCACUUUCGUUUCGUGUUCAAAUUGGAGCAACAAGCAGUGGUAGUACUUGCGAACCAGCCGAUUCUGGAGAAGACGUUGUUUUGGAAUAUCAAGCUGAAGGAGCCUCGGCUUUUGUAUCAUUAAAAACUCUGGGAUACAAUCAGUACCAGACUGCGCAGACUGUCACGAUUCCUUUGUCUGGAGCUAUCAUUACAACUGGAACAUCACUGAAGUGGAGACAGCUGUCUCACACUGGAGCAAAUUUUGACGAAUGGGCUCUCGACCACGUGAGAGUUUCAGGCAAAAAGGCACAAGUGAAAAGUCUUGUUAUCUUCUCUGAAGACUUUGAUCGUUCACCACAAUUCCCUGGGAUUAAGUGGCAGUAUUUAUCUUACGGUACCAUCCAAGUUCCCGACUGUGGCAGCAUUGAUGAGGUGGGGUACAGCGCGCAAGCGGCGUUCUUUAGUGGAGGCUCUGACCUUGACAGUCGGUACAUUGAAACUGUUGGAUUGGAUCUCACUACGGCCACCACGGUGUCGUUUCGUCUUCGAAUUGGUGGUGGUGGAAGAUGUGACGAUGCAGAGACUGGAGAAGAUGUAGUAUUGGAAUAUCGCGUUUCUGGCUCUUCGACGUUUACUCUAUUGGCUUCACACUCUGCUACCGGUUAUACGAUUUCAAAAACUGUUACUGUCGUUCUGUCGAGUGCUUCUAAAACAGCUUCUACUGUUCUCAGAUGGAGACAAUUGAAGCACAGUGGUAAAACGCUUGAUGAAUGGGCGAUCGAUCAUAUUCGCAUUAAUGGAACGCAACCGAUCAGUCCUCUUCCGUCUUUGUUUGCAGAAGACUUUUAUCCUAUUCCCACUUUCCCAGGAAGCAAAUGGAAAGCUCUCGCUGGCGGUGCUGUCAAACAACCCGACUGUGGUGGAAUAGACGUCCCCGGCUACAGUUCACAAGCAGCAUAUUUUAGCGGCUCCGGCGGUCGCUCCAUUCAAACACAAGAUUUAGAUCUUCGUACAGCUCAGACGUUGUCGUUUAUUGUGCAAAUCGGUGGGACGACGUCUUCUUGUAAGAAGGCCAACUUAGGAGAUGUUAUUGUAGAAUAUAAAGCUAAUGGAAGUACAUCUUUUGUAUCUAUCAUUACUCUUCCUUAUAAUGCUUACGAAACGGCAACGACGGUCGCUGUCGUUCUUCCUUUACCAUCGAGAACGAGCUCGACGUCGUUGAGAUGGCGCCAACUGUCUCACAGUGGAGCUGGCGUAGAUGUAUGGGCUGUAGAUCACAUACGAAUUGGAGGAUCGGCUUAUGAUCGUCGUCACGUCGUCGACUUCGACUUGUCUCUCGGAUCAUCUAGCGUACAAGAGUCUUCUAGUUACGACGUGAGACUCGAAUAUUCUACUGAUUUUGGUCAAACGUACGCACUCGUUCAACCUGACUGUCUGCCAUCGAGUUCUCACUGCAGUCAUACGUUGAUAAACAGUCGAUAUUCUGCUGUGUUGUUUGACAAUUGGAGACGCCUUACCGUACUCUUGCCUCUUGCUUCAGUUUCUAAUAACACUCAGAUCAGAUGGAGACAAGCAAAAACAGACAAAAGUGAUUGGGCGAUAGACAACGUUUACUUCGGCGUUCAGUGCCCUGCGUUCUGCAGUGGUCACGGUCGAUGUCACAAUGCGACCGGUCAAUACGAAGGUCUGGUGUGUGGAGGUAACAGUGACGGUCAACCGUGCGCUUCUUCUUACACUUACGACAGCAAAACAUACAAGGGAUGCAUUCGUGAUGGGCGCGAAGGCAUCGACGACGAAUUGUGGUGUUCGACGACUUCGAACUACGAUAAAGACAAGAAAUGGGGAUAUUGUGUGUGUGGAGUGUGCCAGUGUGACCCUGGUUAUAGCGGUCCAUCGUGUAGCAAAGUAACAAAGACAUUACCUCGAUUUUUAAAAGAAGACUUUGGUAAGAGUUUGUCUAGUAUGAAAUGGGGAUGGGUUGGAGGCGGUACCAUCGGCACGGUGUGCGGUACCGUAACGUCGGGAAAUAGUCUGGCGUUCGAUGUGGGCAGAUCUCGUCUUCUAGAAACCAUCGAUUUGGAUCUUACGGACGGUACGAAUGUGGCGUUUACGAUUCGAAUGGGAUCGAGCAAAUCCAAAUGUCCUCGUCCGUCUGACAAUACUGAAAACGUUUUUGUACAAUAUUCCACUAAUGGAGGGAUGACUUGGACGUUACUACAAACCAUUCAAUACAACAUAUCGCCUUCUUUGAAAUCUUACAAUCUUUCUAUUCCGAGCGAUGCCAAGACGGCAUCGACUCGUGUUCGUUGGUAUCAACCGAUUGCCAGCGGUUCUAACUUGGACGUGUGGGCUAUCGACGACGUCGCUAUUGAAACGGAUGUUAGCAAACUACCAUGUGCCACUUCUCCGUGCGUCAAUCAAGGUCAAUGCACAAACGAAAUGACCGGCGGCUACAACUGCAAAUGUCCUUUAGGUUUUAGUGGGAAAAUGUGUGAAGUUGCAAACCAUUGCUAUUCUAACCCAUGUCUCAACGGAGCCACGUGUAGCAGUUCUUCAUCUGCCUUUACAUGUAGCUGCUCCAUCGGCUUUACUGGAACUACUUGUGAAACAAACAUCGAUGAUUGCUCUAAACGCCCGUGCAAGAAUGGCGGAGUUUGCCAAGAUUUGAUCGGCGGUUACAAUUGCAAAUGUGCCACGGGCUUCAAUGGAGCUAAUUGUGAGACAAACAUCGAUGACUGCAGUAAAAAUCCGUGCAAGAAUGGUGGCACUUGCAUAGACUUGAUAGCCAGUUACAACUGUCAAUGUGUCGCUGGUUUUACUGGAAUGACUUGCCAGACAAACAUUGACGAAUGCAGUGAAAAUCCGUGCAAGAAUGGCAGCACUUGCGUAGAUUUGAUAGCCGGCUAUGACUGUCAAUGUGUCGGGGGCUUUACUGGAACGACUUGCCAGACAAACAUCGAUGACUGCAGUAAAAAUCCGUGCAAGAAUGGAGGCACUUGCAUAGACUUGAUAGCCGGUUACAACUGUCAAUGUGUCGUUGGCUUUACUGGAACUACUUGCCAGACAAAUAUUGACGAAUGCAGUAAAAAUCCGUGCAAGAAUGGCAGCACUUGCGUCGAUUCGAUCGGUAAUUACACUUGUCAAUGUUCUGUUGGGAUGACGGGACGUCAUUGUCUAAUCGAUAUUGAUGAAUGUUUGUCGCAACCAUGUCAGAAUAAUGGCACGUGUGUCGAUCUCCUGCCGGGUUAUGCUUGCAACUGCAAUGUUUGGUUUGACGGUUUAACAUGUCAAAAUAAGAUUCCCACGUGUGUGUCGAAUCCAUGCACAAACGGUGGCACAUGCUCUGAGAAGACGAAUGGUACUGGAUACACGUGCAAAUGUCCUACAGGUUUUAAAGGUGUCAACUGCCAAACUCAAAUCGAUUAUUGUGCAGUCGACCCUUGCAAAAAUGGAUCCUCGUGUGUCAAUCAUAUCGGUAGAUAUCAGUGCCAAUGCGUCGUCGGUUACUCGGGGAUGGACUGUGAUCAGUAUACGGGCGCUUGCGGUAGCAGUCCGUGUCGAAACAGCGGCAUUUGUCGUGACCUAGCGAGCGGCAAAUUUCAGUGUAUUUGCUCCAACAACUUUACCGGCACGUUCUGUCAGCUGCCUGUCACUGUGGACCGCUGUGCUAACAAUUCGUGCAAGAAUGCCGGAACGUGUCAGAACACCGAGGACGGUAACUACACGUGCAUCUGUUCGUCAUUCUACAGCGGCGCAACGUGCGAAACUUCUCUCGAUCCUUGUGAUGUGAAUAGGAACUAUUGUCACAAUGGAGGUACUUGUACGGGAAUAGCCGGUACGUCAUAUAAACGUUGUUCUUGUCCUACGGGUCUGUAUGGAGCGCAGUGCGACAAUGAUUAUAACGAAUGCCAAUUGAACGUUACUUUGUGUCAACAAGGAGGACAGUGUAUCAAUUUGUUUGGCAACUAUCGGUGUGUAUGUCCGGCCUCGACAACUGGAAUAAACUGUGAGCUGGAAAUUCCGCCCCAGUGCUUUCCAAAUCCGUGUCAAAAUAGAGGACGUUGUGCGGCACUGUCCGGCAGCGCUUACACUUGCACGUGCUCGCCAGGAUUUACAGGGAGGAAUUGUGAUGUGAAUAUUGAUGAAUGUCGAUCACGUCCAUGCUUUCAUGGAGGACGUUGCAUCAAUAGAACCAAUGGCUAUUAUUGCGAAUGUAGUGGAACGGGAUAUGAAGGAGAUUACUGUGAAAAUAAAUCGUCCGUUUCGACGCCACGACCGGAUCUUUGCAGUAAAAUAAGUGGCACAAAUCCUUGCAAGAAUGGAGCGUGCGUCGCUACCGGUGAAACAUUCUCUUGUGUGUGUAGCAGUGGCUUUACAGGCACACUGUGUGAUGCAGCAAUCGCUAUCAAUCUGUGUCGUUCGGUGGAGUGCGCAAACGGUAGCACUUGCCAGGAAGGAAUUUGUCUUUGUUUGUCCGGUUUCACUGGUCCACAAUGCACUGCACGUAUCGGUGAUGAAUGCAUUGGCGACGCAUGUUUGGACAAUGCGGUGUGCAGUCAGUUAAUAUCCAGCAGAUAUUUGUGCGCUUGUCGUUCAGUGUCGACCGGUGUUCGUUGUACGUGUGAGACAAAUCCGUGUGAAAAUGUCGAUACUUGCACAGUGGGCGAGACGUCGGGUCAAUAUUAUUGUCAGUGUGUUGAAGGUGCUACCGGCGGAGCGACGUGUGCUGCCGCACGAAGUGAGGGCAAUCAAGGUAGUAGCUCUGAGAGUGAAAGUGACAGCAUUCCAGUCUGGCUGUAUGCCGUUGCUGCGGGUGUAGGAGUGACCGUACUCAUUGCUGUGACUGUAGGAGUCUUAAUCUACAUGAGACGCCGAUCGAAUGCAGCAACGUCCAUUUUACGUCAUCCCGGACGCUCCACGUCGCUCGUGCAAAAUCCAUUGUUUCCUGGGCAUGGUAAACAGACUGGGUCUUAUGAUAUGAACCCCAUGGUUCCUGAAAGUCUAGCCAACACAAAGCGUCAAUUUUCUCCACAAAAAACUUCUCCUCCGAUGGCUCUUGAAAAUCCUAUUUAUGAUUGCUCCAAUUUUGUCUAUAGGGUCGACACGUCAGCACACUCUGGUUUGCCGACUGGUGUGCCGACUGAUUUGCCGACUGAAGGGACGACUGGUUUGCCGACUGGAGGGCCGACUGAUUUGCCUACUGGAAGGCCGACUGGUUUGCCGACUGAAGGGCCGACUGGUUUUCCGACUGGAGGGCCGACUGGUUUUCCGACUGGAGGGCCGACUGAUUUGCCUACUGGAAGGCCGACUGGUUUGCCGACUGAAGGGCCGACUGGUUUUCCGACUGGAGGGCCGACUGGUUUUCCGACUGGAGGGCCGACUGAUUUGCCUACUGGAAGGCCGACUGGUUUGCCGACUGAAGGGACGACUGGUUUUCCGACAGGAGGGCCGACUGAUUUGCCUACUGGAAUGCCGACUGGUUUGCCGACUGGAGGUCCAAACGGUUUGUCGACUGGAGGGCCGACUGAUUUGCCGACUGGAGGGCCGACUGGUUUGCUGACUGGAGGGCAGACUGAUUUGCCGACUGGUUUGCCGACUGGUUUGCCGACUGGUUUGCUGACUGGAGGGCCGUCAACUGGAGGGCCGACUGGAGUGCCGACUGGAGGGCCGAAUGGUUUGUCGACUGGAGGGCCGAAUGGUUUGUCGACUGAAAGGCCGACUGAUUUGCCGACAAGAGGGACGACUGGUUUGCCGACUGGAGUGCCGACUGGUUUGCCGACUGGAGUGCCGACUGGAGGGUCGAUUGGUUUGCCAUUUCCGCAGAACCCAGUUUCUAGCGGGCCACAGACUGAUUCAAUUGUCUCACCUUUUUACGAGGAUAAACUGCCGUCAGAAAUGGAUAAAACGAAAGAAGCUUAAGGUAUUUACGAGUUCGUCUAGUGCAAUGCAUUUGCGCAGUUAGAUGUGCUUGCUUGCUCAACACUUGCUGCUGUUACGUGAAAUGUUAAAAACUUUUUUUCCAGCAUGCAUGCAGGAUAGACUGCAUUACGGGAAUGCCUUGUUGUAACGAUUAGUCUAGCAGAUGGAGGUGCUUUAUUUGCGUUUUUCUAUAUUUGUCUAAAGUAUUUUUAUUGUGUCCAA